UGGAUGUGCGCAUGUGUGUGUGUGAGGCAUACUCGGUUCUUUAGAAUGGGUAGUUUCAACUUGGUUUCUCGACUGUUCAAAGUUUUUUUUAGAUCUGAAGGAAUUUCUGCUGUAACAGACAAAUGAAACAUCGGCCAACUUUAAACGACAUAAAAAUGCCUAUUCUAUGGAGGUGGCGAACAAGAAUACUAGAAUUAUUCCUCUUUUAAUCUUUGAAAUAAUGAUGAGAGUACACGCAUUUUUGACAUUUGGAUUUACAAGCCUUCGUUUCUGCAACCAUACCCAUGUCUCACUACUACUACUUGCUGCAACUAUAUUUGGGAAACUACCAUGUAAAGCCUUCUCCUGCCAGUCAGAUAAUUUUGUUCUUUUUUUCUGGUUUUUAACUUCGUUUUGCUUUUUGGUUUCCCUGUCUUGUGACUCUAGCAACUCUUAAUAAACUUUCUGCACUAUUACCUACAUAGGAAUCUAUAUCUACUCUAGCUAAUUCCACGCAGACUUCUGCUGAUAUUGAUCCUCUUCCACCUUCCUUUCUAGAUUAUUCAGCCGUUGUUCAAAGAAAUACACCUAUAUCAUUCAUAUUACCUAUGUAGAGAAGUCUGAUGAAAACUGUUUUGCAGCUACAUUUAAUAUUGCAAGCAUUCUUUUUCGAAGAAUGUCUCUAAAUAUUGACUUUUCAUUUUGAAAAAAGAAAAAAAUCUCAGAGCAGGAAACAAUUGCCUGGCCAGUUCUAAAUUUGCUUCCCACAACCUUAUUUAUUCAUAACCAAUCUCAACACUUCGCUAAAAAUAUAUAAAAUAAAACCAUGACCAAAAACAAAGUAUUGAACGCUCAUGUCCUUGCUGCCCUAGCCCCGGGAGCUAAAGUAAAUUUCAAGACAUUAGAAAUUGCUGUUGCACCGGAUCCGAACGCUGGAACACUUCUAUUAAACGUGGGAGGACAAAUAUUUGAGACAUAUCGUUCGACCCUCAACAAACACAAUAAUACAAAUCUCUCUAAUGAAAUGUUUCUUCAGAAAUUUUACCGAGAACGUCACAAAGAUUAUUUCUUUGAUCGUGAUCCAGUUUGUUUUCGCUCGAUUCUGGAAUACUUACGGACUGGUCAACUGCAUCUACCGUCUAAUGUAUGUGGACCAGCAUUGAAAAAGGAGUUGGACUUCUGGGGUAUCAGCGAAAAUUUAAUCGAAGGUUGCUGCUGGAACAUAUACGAUUCUUGGAAUAGUACAUAUGAGUCGUUGCUGAGGUUCGACCGAGACCGAAAGGCGAUGUUUACAACAGAUGAAUUGGAUAUAUCCCAAAUGACAUCUUUACAACGUUUUAAAAAUUAUUUGUGGAAUAUUCUAAGCAACCACAACUAUUCUUUUCUCUCAAAGGUCUAUGGGAUAAUUUCUCUAAGUUUCGUUAUCGUCUCCAUACUCACCUUUAUCGUGGAAACGCAUCCAUUCUUCAAGACACGCGGAGAUCGUGACAUUUUGGGCCGGCGAUACCGACAGUCGAAUUCAACGAACGGUGACGAUCCAGAGACAGAGGCGAACAUGCCACACAUAUCUAUUGUAUUUAUGGAUGUAAUUUGUUUGAUUUUCUUCACUCUAGAGUUUAUUUUACGACUAUUCUGUGCACCCAAAAAGUGUAAAUUCUUUUUUACUUUUCUCAACAUGGUCGAUUUAGCAGCUCUAUUACCAGACUUUAUUGAAAUCAUUCUGAUAAAGAACAUCAACUACGACUUCAUAUUCUAUAUCACUCUAUUACGAUUAAUUCGUAUCUUGCGUAUUUUCCGCCUCAUACGACAUAUUCCCGGGUUGUGGGUAAUGAUGUAUACCUUAAAAGCCAGCUUAGAGGAGCUGAUGCUCAUGUGUAUAUUUCUCUUGGUUGGUAUGAUUAUUUUUGCCUCUCUUAUAUUUUUUGUAGGAGAAGAUAGAUUUUCAAACAUUCCCAUGAGUCUAUGGUGGGCGCUGAUAACUAUGACGACGGUCGGGUAUGGUGAUAUGGUGCCUUCUACUAACUUGGGUUAUGUAGUUGGCUCAUUCUGUGCCUUGACUGGUCUUCUCAUGAUUGGUUUCACUGUGCCCAUUAUAGUUAAUCACUUUGUCCUCAAUUACACACAUAUGCAGUCAGCUACAAAAUCAGAGAUGAGGCAGAAACACCGACAGAAGGAACUCGAAGAAGAGAGGAAAUUAAUGGGUGAACUAAAAGCAGAGUUUUCAGAGUCAAAAAGAAAUAAUAGUAAGAAACCGAUGAAGACAUUUUCUCUGAAAAAACAUUCACCAGCAAAUGUAUGGAAUAAGAACACUGAGAAUGGUAGCAAGUCUGAAUUCAGCCACCUUAACGAGUUAAGUAACAUGGAAAACUAUGGAAAUGGAAUAUCGAGUAAUAACGAAAAACUUACUGAUGGCAUAACCAUGGAACACAAAAACUGGGAUAAAACUAAAAUACACAGUAGUUUCUCUAGCAAUGAUGAUAAUGAGCAAAAUAUGGAUAGAGGUUAUGAGGAGAAAGACGGUGCUAAAUGUAAAAGUGGUAAAUCUGCAAAAAAGUUACAAUCACAGAAUGAUCAAUCAUUCCCGAUGGAGGAAUUUGGUGGAAAUGAUUUACGUACGUCGAAUGUGUAGAUUCUAUUUUUUUAGAUAUAAAAACAUUUGCUGGUAUUUAUGUCUCACACAGACACACUUUUUCAAAGACAAACAUACAUUCAAAUAACAUACAUAUACACAUAAUGAAGUGUGCUUUAAACUGUAUGUAUACACCAUAUGCACAAUAUAUGCAUUCAUAUAUAUAUAUAUAUAAAUUAAGUGAUCAAGCUGUCGCCUUAUUGAUUGAUCACUCUAAGUUGGAGCUCCAUCUCGAAAACAAAACUUUUUAAAGUUAGGAAUUUCACUACUUCGACAAAGGAACAUUGAUAUUGUGUAGAAAUCCUUAUAUAUUAAACUUGAAUGGAAGCAAGGCUUACUCUUUCAGAACUAGAAAUAAUUAAUCACUUUAUGAUAUGAUGAACACGUUGAAAAGAAAAAUGUGGGAAUUGUCAACAAGUGGAAUACCCGACAAUAUCAAUAUAAAUACUGAGUGAUCAUCAGUUGAGUCUUACGUAUGUAAUAUAUUGGAACAUUUUGAUUAACUGAGGUUAUUCCUGCAAUUAGUAGGCAUAUCCCCAAUAAUAUCAGCCAAGUGUAACUUUUAGAAAAUAAUGUCGAUGCUGAAAACAACAGGCGGAUUUUAAACUUGUUACUCCUCUUCCACAGCGAAAUAUAUUGUACUCAAUUAUUCAGGGUCAGCAAUGUCCAUUAUAGUGCAUAACUAUCAACAACAAAACUGAUGGAAAAUAUCUCAAACGAUCACUUGCAUUCAUAGAUAGAAUUAUGGUUAUUGUGACAAAAGGAACACUGCUUCUGUUUGCAGUACCAUUUACUGGAAAGCCGACCUGUUUGAAUUUAUAUUUUCCGAGUGGAAGGUCGAAUGUCCUAAAGCAUAUAAUUACACCAAUUAGACGAACAUUUUGCCUUUACAUAAUAUCUUCAUUUGUAUUAAUGUCAACAUGGGACAAUUAUUAUUAGGAAAGAUAAAAGUUUCUUCAUAUAUAAAAUACUCACUUCAAUUAAUUAUGGCGGUAAUGGGUAUUUAAGAUAGUGAUGGAAAUAUAGCCAUAUUGAGAGAUGGAAACUGUGAAAUGUUCGGGAAACGAAACAGCAGUGUAGAUAUCUCUAAACACGUGGAACAGGAUCUAGAGUUAUGUCAAAACACUGUACCCAGAUAUGCUGAGAUCUACGCAGAUAAGAACAUCGAAAGACAUUUUAAAUGUAUUAAAGAAUAUACAAGUAUUUA